AUGAUGCAAACAUCGCAGCGAGCAGUACAAAAGAGCAGUAGAAUAUUUACACGGCAAUGUCGGAUAUGUGAUGCUCCAGCUCAAUAUUCUUAUUUUGGUACUGUCUCAUGUUAUCCGUGUAAAAUGUUCUUCCGAAGACAUGCACUUUCAACAAAAAAGGACUUGAAAUGCACUUGCAAUGGUCAAUAUGCAUCGAAUAUUCGCAUAUGUACAUUAUGCCGACUCACCAAAUGCUUUCAAUCCGGAAUGUCAAUCGAUCGAUUUCGUUCAUCAAAACAAAAUACUCUACUUAAACUAUCAAGACAACCAACCGUAUGGAAUUUUUCACAAGUGAAUCAAUCACUGUUAACAAAUAAUCAAUGGGCUCUUCUUUCGAAUUUACAUCAUUCCUACAAGGAAUCUCACUUGUUAACUAUUGGUCAAUCUCUCCACGAUUUACAUUAUCAUUCGCAUCUGCCUUAUACAACUUACGAAACACUGGUGAAUCAGUUCGUAGAAUCAAUCUAUGAUACAACAGGGGACUACCUACAUAUGAAUCACGAUUUAAGGGAACUACCGUUUCAUGAGCGUUCGAUUGUGUUACGGGUCGCUGUCGCUAAUGUUACAUGCAUGACAAGCGUCUUUAGUAUUGGGUAUUGUCAUUUGUAUAAUCUCAACAAUUUCCUACACUUCAUGAAAAUGAAAUAUGGCAAAUAUGUAGUUGAUAUUCAAUGUUGGGCAGCGAAAUAUAUUGAUCAAGAUCUGACUGUGAAUAAAAUGGCUAUAGCAUUAUUUGCUGUUUCAGAAGAUUCGUGCUCGUAUUCAACUAAAAUAUCGACGAACUUUCCUAUUUCGUCGGUGAUAAUUCAUAUUCAACAUCGAUACGUUGAAGUAAUAUGGAAAUACCUGAUUGUGAAAUACGGUUAUUCGGGAGCAGUCAAACGAUUUCUCAAUUUAACAUUGUGGAUUCUAGCUAUGAAAAUAUUAACAAGUCACGCUGAAACUGUGCUAACACAUGUCGAUCAUAUCGAUUCACUUGUCGAACAAAUUGAACUGAAAUUUAUAUUAGAUGAUAUCGAACAUAUUCUGGAGACAAACUCGUGA